UCCUGACCACUGAGCAAAGCAGCGGCGGAAGCGAGCCUCCAAGGGGAGGGCAACAUGUCAGCAAGCCGCUACUUUCCUCCUCUCAACUGCAGAUGAUGUGUGCAUGUUUUGAGUGAGCUACUGAUCGUUUGAAGAAGUUACUCCCUCCCAGCCCAUGCUGGUAGUUGUAAACCCUAAUUGGGUGUACGGUCUUUUGAACAAAUUGAGCCUCGAUCGGAACCUACUGGCCGUGGCUUCCUCUCGCUUCAACUGGCUGCAGUUCAGAAGGACAGGAGCAGAGAGAAGCAGUCGGGAGUCCUGGCUGCAGCUGACUGUGGCACAGAGAGACAGGGAGAGCAGGCAGCUCGGGAGCUGAGCUGAGCCAGAGAGUGGCCUCUCAGAGUGGGCAGCACUAUGGAUCCGGGGGUGUGCGUUCUGGAACUCCUCGGGAUCCUCUUCUCUAUUGGUGCCUGGAUCUGCUCGCUGGCCACCACCAUCAUGUCCACCUGGCUGACCCUGUCCACCGACCUGCUGCCCGCGGAGAGCUACGAGCUGGGCCUGUGGGAGACGUGUGUGGUGCAGGACCUUGGAAUUCUGGAGUGCAGACCCUAUGACAGUCUCCUGGGCCUGCCUCCGGACAUCAAACUAGCCCGGAUCCUCAUGUGUGUAACAGUGGCCACGGGCCUCCUGGGUCUCCUGCUAGCCAUUCCUGGAAUCUACUGGAUCAACAGCUGCAACCAGGGGCCUGAGGGGUUGAGGGUGAAGAGAUUGAUGAAGAUGCUGGGGGGGAUAUUGUGCUUGGUCGCAGGUAUACUGGGUCUCAUACCUGUGUCUUACAUCGCUCACCUGACGGUCAUGCGGUUCUUCGAUGAGGCCGUGCCGGCAAUCGUGCCACGCUGGGAGUUUGGAGAUGCCCUGUUCUGUGGCUGGACGGCGGGGUUUCUACACCUGGUGGCUGGCUCUCUGCUGGUCACCUCCUGCGUGUGCCUACAAGAGGAGCCCUGCACCUUACAAAUGCCUAUACCGCUACAGAGAAGACAUACAUACGUACACAGUACCAAUACCCCACAUAGGAAGAGGUCCAUGGAAUAUGUUUGAUGAGCUAUUGAGAAGUGAGAACAGUAUUCUCAGUAGCCUCUGCCCUGUCUCUAUCAAUGGUGAAUAAAACUGCUUACCUAAAGCUUUUUCAUGCUUAUUUACAUUAGCUAUAGUUAUUGAGUACACUUGCUGGGACAAAUCUUUCCCCAUAUAUUGAGACAGAAUGCUGGUACUUAUUUCAAUCACUCAAACAGGGUUUUGUGCAUGUCAUGUUUGCAAAAAUAUCCCCUACUGUACAUUUAUCAAACAGAAAUUCUUUAUGGAACCAAAGAGACUACAGCUUUAAAAGCUGCCAUUUCGUCCUAAUACGUCGCUGUGCCUACUGUUGGUACUGUGGAAGAGAUAGUGUGUGCAAUGCUGCCAGAGAAUUUGAUGACAAGCAGUAUAU